GCAGGCGCGGAGCAGGACUACACUUCCCAUCAUGCACGCGCGGUAGCGGGAAGGACGCCCGGCAUGGAGGCGGGCGAGGUGCGGCCGCGCGCCCACCUGGCCGCGCUGGUGCUGGCGCGUGGCGGCAGCAAGGGGAUCCCGCUGAAGAACAUCAAGCUGCUGGCGGGCGUGCCGCUCGUCGGGUGGGUGCUGCGCGCCGCGCUGGACGCCGGCGUCUUCCACAGUGUGUGGGUUUCUACAGACCACGAUGAAAUCGAGAAGGUUGCAAAGCAGUUUGGCGCCCAAGUUCAUCGUCGAAGCCCUGAAGUAUCUCAAGACUCCUCUACUUCUCUAGAAGCUAUCAGAGAGUUUCUUAAUCAUCAUCAGGAGGUUGAUAUUGUAGGAAAUAUUCAAGCAACAUCUCCCUGUUUACAUCCCAGUGAUCUUAUAAAAGUGGCAGAUCUGAUCCAGAAAGAGGGCUUUGAUUCUGUCUUCUCUGUUGUGAGACGGCAUCAAUUUAGAUGGAGCGAGGUAAAAAAAGGAGAAAAUAAAAUGACAGAGCCCCAAAAUCUGAAUCCAGCGAAACGUUACCGGAGGCAAGACUGGCCUGGGGAGCUGUAUGAGAAUGGAUCAUUUUACUUUGCAAAGAGGCAUUUGAUUGAGAAGGGCUACUUGCAGGGUGGUAAAAUGGCCUACUAUGAAAUGCGUGCUGAGCAUAGUGUGGAUAUUGAUAUAGACAUUGACUGGCCUAUUGCAGAGCAAAGAGUACUGAGCUUUGGGUAUUUUGGCAAGGAACCAUUAAAGGAAGUGAAGCUAUUGGUUUGCAGUAUUGAUGGAUGCCUGACAAAUGGUCGCAUUUAUGUCACAGAAGAUCAGAAGGAAAUGGUCUCCUACGAUUAUAGAGAUAUUGUUGGUAUCAAUCUGCUAAAGAAAAGGGGAAUCGAGGUUCGACUUGUCUCUGAAAGAGAUUGUUCAAAAACCCUGCCAGCCAUGCAGCUGGGAUGUGUAGCAGAAAUUAAUGCAACAAAUAAAUUACAAGUCCUGGAAGACUGGCAAAAAUGCAUUGGCUUGGGCUGGAAAGAAGUUGCUUACUUAGGAAAUGAAGAGUCUGAUGUGGAAUGCCUGAAGAAAGCUGGCAUGAGUGGUGUGCCUGCUGAUGCUUGUGCAGUUGCUCAGAAGGCUGCUGGUUACAUUUGUAAAAGCCGUGGUGGUUGUGGAGCUGUCCGGGAGUUUGCAGAACACAUAUUCCUGUUGUUAGAAAAAGUGAGCUCUGCAAGAAAGCAAAUGGAAGAUGUGAAUUCAGCAGGAGAGGAUACAGGGGGAAAAUGAGAGCAGCAGAAGUGGAAAUAAGGAACUACUUAAAAAAUAACACCGCAGUCAUUCUUCCCUGCUUUUCAUCUUCUCCAUUCCCCCUUCAGUAAGCCUGUAUCCCAACGGAUGGCUGCCUUUCAAAUUUUACACCGCAGUAGAGUUAAAAGAAUGUUUACCUCUAAUUUAAGAUUCCAUUCUGAUUAAGUGCUAGUAUCCAUGAUUGUAUUCAUGAUUAUUUUAAAAGCCAGUUAAGUGCAAUGGAAGGAAUACUAGAAAAAGUAGUGUCUUGUAAAUCUACUCUAAAUCAUUACACUUGUCCGAAAGGAAUGAUGUAUCUUUAUUUCAUAAUACAAAUAUUUUCAGGGAAUUAUGAUUUUUUACGAUUUGUGGAUAUGUAAUUCAGACUUCCAAAAAAUUUGUUCUGUCAGUUGUGCAGUUAUUUACAUUUCCUCUAUCUUCUAUAUGAUAUUGCAGUUGUGUGCUAGCUUUUCAUGAGACAUCUCUAAGAAGGAAGAGUUUUAGCAUAUGCUGGAGAAGUUGGGUGUAAAAUAACUACCAAACAUUUUCCUAUAUUUUGAAAAGUUUAGUUACUGUAAAGCCAACUAAUACUAACACUAACUAACAAAAGCAUUUAAGCAUGUGUUCAAUUUUGAGAUAAGUAAUUAAGCAGCAUUUGGAAUUAUGCCAUCUUAACCUUUGAAUCUGUUUAUAUUGGGUUUUAUUUAAGUGCUUAAAUUAACAUACUUAAAUGCUUUGCCAAAUUUAGAACUAAAUCUCCCAUUAACUUUGAAAUCUUUCCUUUGCAGAAACUCUGUUUCUUUCUAUGAAGUCUUUAUUACAAUCACUAAUGAGUUAAAAGGAAAAAAAAAAGUAAAGAAAAUGUUCUUUAAUGUUUAUUGUAUGGAAAAGGAAUUGCUGUGGAAGAAAAAAUCAUAGUUGACAUUUCCACAAAUUUUUAUAUAAAAUAUGUAUUCGGACUAUUUUUAGCAUGUUAAUUUAAAGUUGGUGUAUAUGUGUGUUUGUAUUUAUGUAAAAUACAAUUUUUCCCAUUUUGAUUUGAAGAAUUCAAUGAACUGUAAACAUUUGUAUAACUGACACUAAAAAUAUGCAUCUGUUUUCAAUCCUAGUAUUUACCAGUAAGUCAGGUUCAGCCUUGAGUUAUGCUUAAAAAAUAAAAUAAAAAAAAAUAAUGGCACUGGCACACAGGCAGUUAUUACAGAGAUGAAUAAUAAUGGUUUGUCAUUUUAUUUUAUGACUCUCAACAUAAAAUUCUCUGUAUCUCUUCCCGUUAUAAGAUCUACUGUUUUACUGCUCUCUGAUUAACUUUGUGUUGACUUCCCUUUACAAAGCAAAGUUUUAAAUUUGAAAUUAUUUUACUGCCUUUAGUAGUAAGGUUAACAGGUGAACAGUUGAAGGUGAAUUAGCUGCACUAGUCCUCUCUUAAAUUAUCGUCCAAAUAUUUCUUUCAUUGAAGUUUUAGGGCUCUGCAUGAGCUAAAUUCCAUGGAUAACGAGCUAUUUUGGACAGAAUGAUGAACUAUGUUACAGGUAGAUAAAUCAUUUUACUCAUAUAAACUAUGUGAUAAAUUGCAGAAGUCCAGAUUGUUUGAACAAUUCAAUUUUAAUAAUGUCAUUUAAAAUUGGCCAAGUUUUUAGUUACUUUACCUUGUCAUGGUCAAGUAGCUUUCGAACUUUGGUUUCAGGAGCAGUUUCCUGUGAAUAGACAGGCUUAGAGAAAUUGUGAUGAACUUGAUUUCUAUUCCUUUUAUGUUAGAAAAAGCAAAAAUAUGAGUAAGUGUAACUGUAAUAGAAAUAUGAGCUGUUGAUACUAUUGCCAGGGUUACUGUUUGAAUCAGGAACUCUUCUAAUGUUUCAGCUACUUCCUGAAUGUACUGCAAAUGCAGUGGGUAUACCCCAAACCUCUACAUGUAUCAAAAAUAAAUGCAGAAACUUUAAUGUGAGUGUUCAUAAGGGGCAGAAAGAAAGGGUAGCUGAUACAUGUUUUCACUUAGACAAAUUCUUGUUAGAAAAAUCUGGUAUAAUCUUACGUUGUCAUUUGACAAGUCCAAUGAAUGAUGAACUCUACAGACAGUUUGCAAAAUAAAGGCUGUUGGAGAAUAUGGGAAAUUCACGAUCUAUUGCCUGAAACAUUCAGUUUUGUAUUGCUCACAUUGCAAGGGAAAUCCUGGCUAUAAAACUACAGUAUCUUGAGGGAUGCCUCCAUUGCUCCUCAUGAUUUUACAGAAGCUCUUCAAUCAUAUGGAGGAUUUAGUGGUCACAGAGGGGCAGAGACAGUGAGGAUGAAUGUAACAGUCACCAUAAAGGUGAAAUCCUGGAUCCUGGGCAAGCUUGAAAAGUGUAGUAUCUUUUGCCAACUAUUGUUUCACUACAUAUCUGGCACCACAAUUGCCUUUCAUUAAAGGUGUGUAGUUCACUCAGACAAAUUUCAGUGGUCAUUUUUGUUAUAGUGGGCUAACUUGGGAAUAAUGCUACUUGGUCAUAGAACUUGAAAAAAUGUGCAGAUUUGUUUCUCAAGUUGUGUUUUUUUUUUUUUUAAACAUGUCAGCCUGUUAUGAAAGUAUUUCCCAAAAACCUAAUAUGGGCUGUUUUAUCAUAAUUUUGUGAAACUGAAAAAGGAAAACUACAUAAUUUAUAUUAACCUAUCUUAAAAUAUAGCUGGUUAACUGAAAUUUGCAAUAAUUAAUUUUCUUUAGCCUUUUAGAUAGCGAAUGGUUAUGGAGUGAUUUGUCAUGCAUUUGCAUACGGUAAAUGGUAUGCUUCCAAGUUCCUGUGCCACGUGAAUGGAAUAUAUCCCAUGAACUUAGACAGAUGUAAUCAAUGCCUAAGUUACUCAUAAGGCGCACAAUCAGUUGCCCAACAUCUUUGCCCUGAUCUUCUGUUGGAGACAGAUCUUCAGUGUUUGUGUGUGUGGUUAUCCCCUGUUAAAUAAAUUUCUCCUUCACUUGCAUGUGUUUCCUAUUUUCAAAUAGUCCAAGUUCAGAUUUUCACAGUGCUGUGUGAUUUGUGCCUGUGUCUGUGGAAGGUUGGAUUCAUUCCUUUCAGUUUUCUGAUCUGUCAGAGCUAGCCCAGUAUUUCUACAUCAGGAUCAUCUUGUAAAUUGAGCAGAAUGUACAGAGGAUUUUCUGACAGGAUGUUCUCAGAGAAAAUUCCAGUUUUGGGUAGGUCUCAAGAACUCUGCUGUUCUUGACUGUUGGGUGGCUCUUGCCAAGAGUAUUGAGAAGAAGGGAGAAGGAAGGACAGUAACACAUUGUCAUUAUGUUUGUUAACCUCUGCAGAAGGGGUAGGAGUUAAACCUUCACCUACUUCUGGCUCCAUUAAGUCAUUUUUACCUGAUCUGUCCUGUUCAAUAUAUGGUUCUCUCAAGUUCUGUGCCAUUUCCUGUAGGGUGAUCCAAUGUGUUCUGACCUUAGUUCAUUUCAGAUCAAUAUGAAUCUCAUAAAACUUGGCCUUGUGAGUUCUGAGGUACUUUAUAAUGUGUGGUGAUUUUAUGUUCUUGAUGGUUUUUAAGCACAUAUUAGUUAACUUGCAUUUCCAGUGUCCAGCUGAGAAGGCUUUUUCAAAAAUUUGUAUUUUCAAUUAAUAUUCUCUAAAAACAUAAUUUCUUAUUUCCAGAAAUACUCCAAAUUAGUCUAGUUACAAUGCAUUAUGCCCAUCAGGAGUAAUUAUCCUAAAUGUCAAUGUUACAAGAGCAAUAAUAAAAUAUGUCCAGUGGAACAAAAUCACUCUAUUAUGCAUGAACUCAUUGCAUAAAUGAGCUAAAAAAACUUGUCAGUAAUACACUUGUCUGAAAAUUUGUUGGACAGUGGGUUUGGUUCUCCUUGCUCUUGGAUGGGUUUAUCUAUCCCCAUUUGUCAUCCUAGGUAUAUUUAUAUAUGUGAGCAACCUAAGAAAGGUUGCUGUUAUCUUAUUUUUGCAGAGGGAAGGAUUUUUGGUGUGUUUAUAUAAAAAUGUGUUAAAGGGAAUGAGCAGUGAGCAAUAAAGAGGGAAUGAUACCAAGUUAUUCAAGUUAGUAAAGAGCAGGAUGAUGAAACUGAAUAGAGAAAUAUAAUGGGAUAACUGGUAGAAAAUCCUAAUUUCAUGUAUAAAAAUAUCCAUUUAUACUGAGGGGUUAUGAUCAAAGAAAAUACCUAUUGUUUAGAAGUGUAUACUAACAGAUAAAAAAGCAACCGAAUUUUGGGAGUGAUUAGGAAAAUGGUAUAGGACAAAAAGGAUAAGAGUCAUUAUUCCACUGUAUUAAUCAGUGAUUUUUAUGUAUCUUGAAUACUGGGUGUUUUGUUUCUUACAUAUUACAAAAGCUGUAAAACUCUUAACGGCUUGUAGGAGGAUAAGACAGGUGGUGAAAGGAAGAAAUCAGCUUUUGUGUGAGCAAUAGCCAAGUAAGAAUUCUUCAUUUUGGAAGGAUGACUGAAGAGAGUUGUGUUACAUAUCCAUAAAAUUAAGAGGAACAAGGGAGCUAGGGAAAGACAACUGAAGAAAUGAGCAAUGACUAAAAGCAGAUGUCUAAGGAAUAUAAAUUUGCCGUGUUGUGUUUGACAACUCUUUCUGUUUUCCUGUGACCGCCAAACAUCUAUGGCUCAUGGAUUUCUGAAGCUGGAUGUGGCUUUCAGAGAUUUAGUAAGCCUUGGCACGCUUAAAACAGCCUUUGUCCAUGUGUUCCAUGGGUCUGACGCCUGUUAUGUUUCCUCUGGUUCUGAACCUUGUUUCUUUGUGUGGAAGACUCCCAAGUGCAUUUUUAUGCAUAAUUCACAAUAUGUAUCCGUGGUUCAUUCUAAAAUAACUGUAUCUCUAACACAGUAAAGGAACAAAACAUGGCAUUGCUAUUACUAUCAGGAAUUCAUCAUUUAAUCGUCAAAACAACUCACUGAAAAUAAGACAAAAGUGAGCACAGAAGCUAUGUAAGAACAUAAUGACAUCAGCUAAAUUGGAAUCCAUCAGUCACAGAUAUUCAUGGUAAAUUGCAUAGGGGAUUCUCAAACAAAAUGCAAUUGGAGGUUGGAAUAAUAUUCAGGUGAGUAUCAUGUGCUUGUCCUGUUUGUUCACAUACUCUUGCAGACAAAUUGCUGGUCUCAACUGGCAUACAUCUGAGCUAGUGUGCUUACUCUUACACUGAAGUUACAUGUGGAGAUAGUGAAAGGUUUUGUCCUCAGAGAAACUAAGGUUGUAGUUGCACAACCAUUUUUCAUUGACUGUACAGCCCAUUAAAAAGUUUGAUAACUCUU